CAGCUCACUUUGAGAUAAAAGUUGCAGCGGUAGCAGACACGAAAUCCUCCAACACGCUCAUCAGGCAGCUUUCAGAGUUCCUCCGCUGACUGCAGACAACAACCAGACGCUCUCAGACUCCCGCGGUUUUGAGCCAAAGCUGGAAAGAAGCGCAGCAGAGGAGGUUCUGAGGAGGAUUUCCUGACAGGCGCACCUGCUCAAUGAAGAAGAUUUAUGUUGGACAGAUUUCUUACUGAAGAUCCACAGCGCCUACACCGGCAAAAAUGACAGCUGCCACGAAGCUUCUGGAUGAGAUGUGCCAUCUGACGGCUCAGUCUCUGACCGCCAUGGACACUUCGGAGCACUUCAAGGUCCUAAAGCUCCUGGGUGAAGGCUCGUAUGGCAAGGUCAUGCUGGCUGUACACAGGAUGAGAGGUACUCCGAUGGCUCUGAAGUUCUUCCCUCGGGAGUCCACGUCUCUUUUCUCUUUUCUGAGGGAGUACAACCUCUCGCUGUCGUUCUGCACCCACCCGUCCCUGACCAGAGCCCUGGGAAUCGCCUACUCAACACCUUCCCACUACAUCUUUGCUCAGCAAGCAAGCCUCUUUGGCGAUCUCUACGAUGUCAUCCUGCCGGAGGUCGGUAUGGAGGAAGACUGUUGUCAGCGGGUGGUGUCCCAGCUGUGUGGCGCUCUGUCCCAUCUGCACUCUCUGGGUUUUGUCCACAGAGACCUCAAACCAGAGAAUGUCUUCCUGUCCGACUCUGCCUGCCGCUGGGUCAAACUUGGAGACUUUGGCAUGGUGAAGGCAAGGGGCACCAGGGUCCCGGAGGUCUGGUACAGCUCUCCGUACUGCACCCCUGAGUCUGAGAUCGCUCGCGACAACGAGGACAGCUGGAGGAGCAUUGGUGACGGGAAUGUUGGUGUUAAUAAGCAGGAUGAAGAGAAGAAAAAGAGAGUUUGGGUGUCUGUGGAGCCCAGCACAGACAGCUGGGCGCUGGGGAUCCUGACCUACGCCAUGCUCACCGGCAGUCAUCCCUGGGCUGAAACAGCCGGCGACUGCCGCUCAUACCAGAAGUAUCUGGAGUGGUUUGACAGAGCAGAGGACCCUGAUGGUGAACUGGACUUGUGGGCAGGGAGGCAGGGCCAGAGCACACAGGAUGUCAUCCAUUUAACUGGGGCAGAACUUUUCCCUCCGGUAGCACCGCAGUUUGCAUGUUUCACCUCGCUCGCCCGCUGCUUCUUCAAGUCGCUCCUCGACCCGAGGCCGCGGCUCCGUGGGCAACCCGAGGUUGCGCUGAAUUACCUCGGAGGGGACUGGGUGAUGGAGAAGGAGAGGGUGAGGCUGGAGGAGGAGAGGAAGAAGAGCAGAGGGAAAGUAGCAAUCAAGAAGAUGAAAGAGAUGGAGGGGAGAGGAGAAAGAUGAGGAGUCAAAAUCACUGAGAACACUGAAUAAUGUAGCAACUUUUUUUAUAACUUUUAUGAAGGAUAUCUGAUGUUUAGGUUCAAUUUAUUAAAAGGUCCCACGGCCAAUAUGACUUGCCCCAGUCUGCCUAUGGUCUCCGAGUGGCUAGAAAUGUCAAGGGAGCUUCAGGGAAUGUAAAACCCAAGUGCAGAGACCUCAAGCAAAAUAGAAUUUUAAUAUUUAAUAAUGAAAAGACUCCUAUGAACAAAAUGUGUCCAGCAAAACAGCAGGCAAAGAAAUCCAAAAUGAGGCAAGAGGCAAAUAGGAAUCACAGGAACACCGAGACUAAAGGUAACGAGAUAACAAGAGACAGGUGACAAGGGCUGGGAAACAGGUGGAAGACAUCAGGUAAUCACAAGAGCGGGAAAACACAGGAAGUAAAACUAAAGACAAGACAGCAUAGAGAACCAGACUAUCAAAAUAAAACAGGAAAAAGAACAUGCAGACACUCACGGGGGACCAAAAGACAGAAACCACAAGUAGACAAGACAAGGGAGCAACCAAGGACUAAAACAUAUACAAGACCAAAACACACAAUCACAAGGAUGAAAUAUGUAAUAAAAUACCAAACCAUAACAAGAAAUGGUGCCAGGUAUAAACCGAGCUUAGAGUAUUCUGCUCUGCCUUUGAGAAAAUUAAAGCUCAGAUGUCCCGAUCUGGAAUCUGCCCCUUAUGACAUCAUAAGAUAAAGGUUACCUCCCCUUUUUCUGCUUUUGCCACAAUUUGGUCCGCCCAUGACAAAGGGGGAGACAUUAGGCUCGUUUGAGAUGAGCCAGGUCUGCGCAGAAUCGAUCACCGGCAAUCGGCGCCCGUUGCAUGCCGGUUAGAUUUGUGUCCGACUUGAUCCCGACUUGCUCUGACGUCAUGCACACGUGGGCAACGGAAAUCUCACGAGAGCAAGGCGGCCG